AGUGUACAGUAUCAUCGUCAGCAUCAGUGACACCAUCACAACAACAACAGGCUGAGGUCUGAGACAAGUGUGCAGCAACACUCCACUCCUGCUAACAGGACUCACUCAGGAACUGGAUAUAUUGGAAUAAGCUCUGAUACGCGUUGAGGAGCAAAAGAGGGAACUAAAGAGCUGAGAGGAAGCUGAGGCCAUGAGCAAACAACAAGUGGUAGCAGGAGGGUCUGGUGUGGCAGGGAAGAUGGCAGAUUUCAAAGCACGGCUUGCCAAACUCCACACUAAAAGGAAUGAAGCCUCAAUGCUCAACCACAAGGAGGUGGUGGAGGAAGACCGUCUCAAACAGAUGCCGAAAAAUUACGCAAAGAAACGGCAGAGACUUGAAGCAGAACUUGCCGAGGAUCAGCGCAGGGAAGCAGCAGAAUCUGAGGGUAAAGACUAUGACCGCAUGAAGCUCCUGGGGGUUGGGGCAGAUGAGGCAGAGCGCUGGGAGAGGCGGAAGAAGAAGAAGAACCCCGACCAGGGCUUUUCCACCUAUGAAGAUGCCACAAUCAGACAAUAUCAGCGGCUGAUAAACAACAAGAAGGUAGACAUGGAGGAGUAUAACAGGGAGAAGCAGAUGGUGGGGGAGGAUGCAUUUUAUGGACGUGACAACACCAUUGCCAUUGGCCUACACAAGGACUCAAAAGAGGCCAUUGAUAACAUGGUUGAUGACCUUGAGAAACAGAUAUCCAAGAGGGAGAAAUAUUCUCGUCGCCGCAUAUUCGACGAUGACGCAGACAUCAACUUUAUCAACGAGCGCAACAUGAAAUUCAACAAGAAGUUGGAACGUUUCUAUGGCGACUACACAGAGGAAAUCAAGCAAAACCUGGAACGUGGAACUGCUGUCUGAGCUCAGGAGUUUGUUGAUAGAAUUGCCGGAGAAAAUCAUGAUGUGCUCAGGUCAUUUUCUGCAGUAGGGAACUGUUCUGUCAGUCCGGAAUGGUUACUGUUGCCUGUAUUUAUGGCACUAUUGGACGUUAAAGGUGGCAACUCUUUUAACAGACUUUAUGAUCUGUUCUGUGCAGAAUAUUAUUGUUCAUGUAUGCUUCUCAUUAUGGCCAUAAAAUACAGGCAUAUAAAUACUGUAUGUUGUAAGACAUUUAAUUGAUUUUCAUAAGGAACACCACAUUGAGUCUUCAGCAGUUUGAGAUAAUUAAGAUUUUUCAAAGAAAAUCAUGAAAACCACAUGUCUAAAAUGGUGAUAUUAAAUUCUGACAAUCCUCACCCUAGAAAAAAAAUAAAAUAAAAAAUAUAUAAAUAAUAAUUUCAUGGAUCAUGAAAUGGAAAAAAAAUUAUAUCAGUACUAGCAGUUUUAAACUUGGGAAUUUCCUUAUAUAAAAAAUACAUGUAAGCAAUUUGGGAGCAUUUUUGUACAGCCAGAUGUCUCUUAUAGGGACAAACAGCACUGCCAUCUUGUACAAUUAAAUUAGCCUAAUCCUACCUAUUCAAGUGAAAUGUGGUAGAUGGCCAAAAACAAUGUUCAAAUUAACUCAUAGCCCAAAAUAGCUUCACAAUCUUGGAAGAGACUACAACAUUGCAAACUCAGCUACACCCAUCACACACCAACAAGGCCACACUAUUACUAUGCAAUGCACACCCUGCACCAACACGUGCCACAAAAAUUAUCCACACCCGGGUCUCUUACCAGACCACCUCACCUGGCUGUACUUGACCACUAAGGUGCCCAAAACACUUUCAGGCAUGGUGUUGUAUUGUACUUGUAUGGGGUUCAGGUUCAUAUACUCAGCAAAUACUAUAUUGCACUAUACAAACAAGUUUCCUGCUAUUAAGAGGAAUAGCAAUUAAUUAUUGAAACAUCUGAAGAGGAAAAAAUUAACAUAGUUAUUAUGAAUUUUAUCCUUUGUGAGUAGAAAUUUCAUCAUAUUUAUUCUAACCAAAAAUAUGGAGUCCUCACAUGGCUUGGCUAUCUUUUAUGAAGCCCAUUACUGACUUUUUCUUGUGUUAGUUGAAACCAUUGAUUUGGUAUAACAAACUAAAAAUAACAUCAAGUAGAACAGCUGACCCAUGAUUUUGUCCUUAUUCUUUUCAUUCAUUUAGUUUUUGUACGAGUAUUACAUAUCCUGAGGUUUAGUUCAUGGUUUCCUUUCCUUUAAGAGCAAAAGGACAGAGGGCACUGCAGCUGACUACUGUAAUAGGAAGCAAAAGAAGUGAACAAUCUGUGUAUCUGCUACCUUUGCAAGAACAGCCCACAACCAAAGUCCAUACUAUCUCCUUUCAGCCAUACACUCUCCAUGUAAGAUCUCUCUGUCAGUCUAUGACAGGCUGAGAUCUACCUUUAAACGAAAGCUAAAAUAAGAUGAAAUAUGUACCUCAACUCAUUGUAAGGAUGGAAAUACAGAAGUGGAGUUUCCCAGUCCCUUCAUUCUGUCCCUUUCAUUUACCUUUAUGAUAGGCAGGGAAUUCAGUGGCAGUAUUCUUUCAAUCCAACCACAGUGUGGGGGAUUCACCUAUGCCCUUAUAUGUACAUACUUUGUGAAUGUACAUAAUAAAUUUAUAAGAUCA